CCCUUACGCUACACUUUUACCUUUCUCUUGCUAAGUAUGGCUCGCACUAAGCAGACCGCUCGCAAGUCCACCGGCGGCAAGGCCCCGCGAAAGCAGCUGGCCACCAAGGCCGCCCGCAAGAGCGCCCCGGCCACCGGCGGCGUGAAGAAGCCCCACCGCUACCGCCCCGGCACCGUGGCGCUGCGCGAGAUCCGGCGCUACCAGAAGUCGACCGAGCUGCUGAUCCGCAAGCUGCCGUUCCAGCGCCUGGUACGCGAGAUCGCGCAGGACUUCAAGACCGACCUGCGCUUCCAGAGCUCAGCCGUCAUGGCUCUGCAGGAGGCGAGCGAGGCCUACCUUGUGGGUCUGUUUGAGGACACGAACCUGUGCGCCAUCCACGCCAAGCGUGUCACCAUCAUGCCCAAGGACAUCCAGCUGGCCCGCCGCAUUCGUGGCGAGAGGGCGUAAUGCUUUUAUGCUUUCUCUUUAAAAAAGGCUCUUUUAAGAGCCACCUAAA